CUCGUUUCUCACCAAAAAUCAAAACCCAGAUCUGGUCUUCCUCUCUGUAUCGUCUAUAAUGAUAGAUCUGCUUCUCUUCUAUUUCAUUCUGAUUCCACGUCUCUCCUCUGAAUCUGCUCACGAUUCUCUAUCUCCUCUAAAAUAGCAACGACAUGGCGAGAUCUCCUCCAAAACACCGGCUGCCCGACGAGAUCUCCUCAAGAACAGCGGCUACGACGAAUCUCCUUGCAUCGACCGACGCAUCUCACGACGUGGUGGUGACAGACGGUGUUGUUGACCGCUACAGACGAAACUCACUACUCGCCAGAGAUUCUAUAUGCCUUUCUCUUUGGUUUGAAGGAAGGAGGCUUCACCGACAGCAAUCAGUUUGGCUACGGUUUUGGAUUGAAGAAGCCUUGGGUACUAUUCUUCAAAUUGAUGAUUAGGAUUAGGGUUUUUAAAAUGACCAAUCUUGGAUGUGGA